GUCACCCAUUUCCAAUUGCAACCACAGGCGCCACGCCUUGAUGCGACGGACGAAACUGUGUUUGUGCAACAUCCAUCAUGCCGACGAGCGCAGCUGAAUUACAGUGCAGAGGGCACAGCUAGAGGUGAUUUGUUGAUAAUCCUCGUGAAAAAUAUCGCCUGUACAGCUUGUUGCGAGAGAGAAUCGAGAACCGCCACUGCUUGGUCGGGUCACUUGCUACUUGCGUCGAGAGCAGGAAUUUAAUCUAUCGUAUCGUCGUCUAUAACAAGAAGAUUGAGCGUUGUCCAGCUUGUAAAUUUCAGGAAGUCGCUCGCUGUUAGAAAAGCAGGCACAAAGACAACAAAAGCGCAGUGACUACUCGUAGCACCACGACAAGCGGAAAAUACCAUCAUGGCCGAGGAGGAAGAGCCCCCCGCGGCGGACGAAAAUGUCAUACCAGAAACCGGAUUGGUCCUCACGUACACAGAAGAGUGGGUCUCAGAAUGGAACAAAAGCCCGUCGGAAGCAAGUAUGUUGAUGUUUUUUUUUGGAUGUUGAUCUUACUUAAUAUGCAUGACAAAAGGCCUUUCUGAUGUCCUUGUUCGCAUGACAAAUUCCCCAUUUCAAACAACAAUCGAACGACAAACACGACCCAGGUAUUCUUGAGCUCAAGCAGCUAAACGCGUUGCAGUUCCGCGACGAAAUACUGUGCGACUUCGCCUUUUACAACUUGAUGCACUGCCGCAGCAUCGUCUUGAACACGAAGGGCACGGCGAUUUUUUGCACACUUCUGGAAUCCUGCGCACUGUCAAUAACAGAGCGGGAUACGACCUUCGAUCUGCUCUUUAAACGGUUCAGCGACGGGAUAAAAGCGCACAAACACGCAGGGUAUAAACAUGCUGGUUUGAUAAUGCAUAUGGAAUUCUGCAUGACAGAUAAUGGUCUACUUUCGGUUGCGAUUGGUAUCAUGUCGUGUUGUAUUCGCUUCUGCCAUGAAAAAAGCCCUCUUUCAUGCGGGAACGAAUGUAAAACAUAGUACACAACGCACUCAAAGGUACUUUUCCCCAGCAGAGUGCAAACUCAUGGUAGAUUACGCGGUGGGCACGUUUUUCAAGCAUUUCGUGCUCUACCGCAUGUUAUCAAAUGUAAAAGUGUCUGGGUCUGGAAGAUUGCCAGGUUUGUCAUGCACAUUUUGCAUGACUCCUGAUGUCUAUGAUGCAUGCCCUAGCAUCACAGAUUUUCUGAGGGCUUCCUGAUGCCUAUACCGCAUGACAAAUGCUCUUUCCGUGUAGCAAAGCUUGGACUCUCUUUGCUGCUCAUGCAAUACAGAUUUUUUUAGAAUCCAAAAUCAGCAUGACAAGUUGGAUUCUUCCAGACCCAGACAUUUUUACAGUUGACACAUGUGCCUCGACUUCGUACAGAAGCCCGCCAGGAGAUUCAUGGUACUAAAAUGAAUGCUGCUCCAUCGUUCCGGAUAGAUUGUCCAUUAAAGUUUUUUUGUUGUUGCAUAAACAUUGCGCAUGACAGACGGCAGUUCAGUCGUGUGGUUUCUCGCAGUGCGGCGUGCGACGGGGACAAUAAAUACUUGUAAAACAGUGCGAAGUCGCUCUCGAGGAACCGUCGUUCCCACCCCCAACGCUUGUCGGCGCGGAGAACAUAUCGGAAGAAAAAACUGGUUCACUGUGAACUUGUCGUGCAGAAAAUGGAACACAGAACUAUUCGUCUUGCUACACCUGCAAGACAUUGGAUUUUCAAGCGUGUUUUCCCUUGGGAAGCGCGCAUGGCAGAUUUUCAGUGUCAUGUGUGUCAAACUUGUGAUGCAGAAAAUCACCACAGUGAAACAGUUUUUUCCUGUGAUAGAACAUAACCGAAAAAGAGAAAGCGUUGCAGGAGCAACAGGCUGCAGAGAAUGCAGGUAUAAAGAUUUCUAUCGGUCGUGGUUGUUGUCUUGGAAUGUGUGCAUGACACAAAGAUUUUUCCAUGCGGUUUUGCAUGACAACUUGUGUAGAAGUAGUACCUAUGUAUUUCAGGAGAAGGAAUUUCAAUUUGUGAUGCAAGAGCUACGAAUACAACACGAAUAACUACACAGGCGCUGCCGGCGAAGCUGGAAGCACAGGGCCGCCCGAGGGGCAGACCGGGGAUCAAGGAGCGCCAGUAGAUAUGAAACAGAAACCGACGAUAAGUUGUUCUUUUUUUGCAUUUGUGGACGAUUUGUCAUGCCAAACUGCAUAAGAGUUUUGUUCUUCUCGUGCUCACCUUCGCGGCAUCACAUGGUCAAGCAAGGUAGAAAAAUGUCACAAGCAUCAAUAAAGAGACUUUCGUUUUGGUUUUCCUCCCCAUACCGCAAGACGACGAGCCAAUACCACCGGAGCUGCAAAUAUGAGAGUGCACAACUCCCCCGCCCCCUCAUUUGUAUUGCAUGAACAGCAAUACAAACACCAGCACACGUGGAGCCUGUGCAUGACAAAUUCAUGCGCCUAGUGUAGUACUGUCUGGGCUUCCGGAAUCUGUCAUGCAAAGAACAGUGUCACAGGGAAGCACUUGGAUUUGGCAUUCUUGCAUUACAAAUGAGGGGGAGAGGGAGUUGUGCACUCCCAUAGUAAAAGAUUCUGGACCUCGAGGUCACCGCUUCCGAGACAAGAAUACGAGAAAAAUUAACCAUGCUACAUGAAAAAACGAACAAAUGAUAAAAAAGUCUUCAAUGCGAAUGCUCGCUGUUGAAGAUUGGUUUUGUGUGAACGCAAAAGAAAAACUUUAUUCCAAUACG